AUGGAUGGUCGCACCGGGGCUUCUCUGAAGCUUACCAUCCUCAACGAGAAGGGUCGGGUUUGGACGAUGGUCGCAGGCGGAGGCGCCUCCGUCGUUUAUGCUGACACCGUGGCCGACUACGGCAUGGGCUCAGAGCUCGCGAACUAUGGAGAGUACUCCGGAGCUCCGUCCACCGAGGAAACUUUCGUGUAUGCCAAGACCCUGUUGUCCCUGAUGAUGAAGUACAAGCACCCGGAUGGCAAGUUUCUGAUCAUUGGUGGUGGCAUUGCCAACUUCACGGAUGUGGCUGCGACAUUCACUGGUCUUAUCAAGGCACUCCAGGAGUAUGCCGAUGACAUCAAGGAGCACAAGAUCAAGAUCCUGAUUCGCCGAGCCGGUCCCAACUACCUUGAAGGCCUGCGCAAGGUGAAGGCUGCCAGCGACAAGCUCGGCCUCGGCAUCAAGGUGUACGGCCCGGAGACCCACAUCACGGCCGUGAUCCCAAUGGCCCUGGGAAAGAUCGAUCCCCUUCCAGAACCGGACUUGUCUGCUCCCUGCGGACCUCCGGUUCGGAAGAUGAUUGACCUCAAGGGCAAGAAGCCCACUCCGAAGGGCCAUCCUCCAGCGCCUGCAGGCACCAAGCACACACUCGUGACAGCCACGCCAGAGACCACAUCGAUCGUGUACGGCAUGCAAAACCGAGCGGUUCAAGGUAUGUUGGACUUUGACUUCAUGUGCAAGCGCAAGAAGCCGUCUGUGGAUGCCAUGGUCUUCCCCUUCUCCGGCAACUUGGUCAAGUUCUAUUGGGGCACAGAGGAGGUCCUGAUGCCUGUCUACACUACGACCAAGGAGGCCUUGCAUUUUGGUACCAGUGGUGCGGUGCAAAAGCAUUCCAACGCCUCUGUGUUCGUGAACUUUGCCUCCUUCCGCUCCGUGCACGAAACCUCUAUGGAGGCCAUGAAUUACAGCAGUUUGAAGACAAUCGCCAUCAUUGCCGAGGGUGUGCCUGAGCAGCAGACCAGGGACAUCAUCAAGGUCGCCGAGAAGAAGGGCGUAGGCAUCAUCGGCCCAGCAACUGUGGGUGGCAUCAAGCCUGGCUGUCUCCGCAUCGGGAACACUGGCGGUAUGCUGCAGCCUUAG